UUUCACUAUCCCAAUAUAUUUAAUUUGUUACAUAUUUAACUCUCGAUUUUAUGAAAGAAUGUCAUCACGUAUGCAAAAAGUUCGCCAGUUAGCCGAGAAGCUUUUUACUCCAACCGAAAUCAAUCGCUUUCGCAACUAUCGUAAUAAUUUCAAUAAAAAGUAUUUGAAUUUGAGCGCGUACAGUUUAAAGGUGCCGUUCCAACGACACACUUUUGCCAAAUGGAUAGAUACGCGCUAUUUUUCAGCUCGCAAUGAAGCCGGUAGUAUCGAGUGCCAGGAGGAACAGGCAUAUAAUAUGCAGAACAACUGUGAUCAGCAGUGGGAUGAGCUGUACCCACGUGGUCCACCAUAUGAGGCACGCGACACACACUACUGGUAUCCAGAUCCAGAGUACUUGAAGCAAUAUGAAGCUAAGGUCAUGUACCCGAUGGGAGAUGAGUGGAAGCAGCGCCCUAAUCCGAACGGCAUGGAUCGCGUGCCCACCGAUCGCACAUUCCGCACCAAGUUCAUCAACUUUGGACCCGCCCAUCCAGCGGCACACGGCGUGCUGCGCAUGAUACUUGAGUUGGACAGUGAAACGGUGCUGUCGGCCGAUCCCCACAUCGGUCUGCUACAUCGCGGCACCGAGAAGCUCAUUGAGUACAAAACAUAUCUACAGGCUUUACCAUACAUGGAUCGUCUAGACUAUGUAUCCUGCAUGGUUAACGAGCAGGCUUACGCCUUGGCUGUGGAGAAGUUACUUAACAUCGAAGUGCCGCCUCGUGCCAAGUACAUACGUACCUUAUGCGCAGAGCUGAUGCGGCUGACAAAUCAUACUAUGGCCAUAAGCUCAAUGGUGCUUGACUGUGGCGCCAUAACGCCGCUCUUCUGGCUUUUCGAGGAGCGUGAGAAGCAGUACGAGUUUUCAGAGCGUCUAUCGGGGGCACGACUGCAUGCGGCGUAUAUACGACCAGGUGGCGUUUCUCUGGACAUGCCCAUAGGCUUCUCUGAUGAUUUGUACAAAUAUCUUAACCAGUUCGCCGAUCGUCUGGACGAGGUGGAGGAUGUGGUCACAGACAAUCGCAUUUUUCGCAUGCGGAACAUUGGCAUUGGGCGCAUCACUGCCCACGAUGCACUUAACUGCGGCUGUACCGGACCAGUGUUGCGUGCCACAGGUGUCAAGUGGGAUCUCCGCAAGCAGCAGCCCUAUGAUGCAUACGGUGACAUGAAAUUCGAUGUGGUUGUUGGGUCCAAUGGCGAUUGCUACGAUCGAUAUCUGGUUCGCAUGCGCGAGAUGCGCGAAUCCAUUAAUAUUAUGCAACAGUGCUUGUCCUGCAUGCCACCUGGUCAGGUGAGGGUGGAUGAUCGGAAGAUAACGCCACCACGGCGAGCGAAGAUGAAAACUGGCAUGGAAGAUCUCAUACACCACUUCAAGUACUAUUCACAAGGUGUGGCGGUGCCACCUGGACAGACCUAUGCAGCCGUGGAGUCCCCCAAGGGCGAGUUUGGCAUAUUCUUGGUCUCAGAUGGUAGCUCACGCCCCUAUCGCUGCAAAAUACGCCCUGCUUCCUAUGCACAUCUAGCACUAAUGUCCAAAAUGGCACCUGCACAUUAUCUAGCUGAUAUUGUAGCAAUCGUUGGUUCUUUGGAUAUUGUAUUUGGUGAGAUUGAUCGUUAAGAUAGAAUUGGAAUAAGCUUACUAGGAAAGCCAAUUUUAUAUUUGAGAUCUCAGAUCCUUGGUAUUGUAUUCUAUCAAUUGUAAAAAUUGCAUUAAUUACUUAAGCAAUAAAUUUAAUGGCAACCAUAA